AUGACAGUACCGGCAUAUUUAUUUACAAUUCAUUAUGAUGGAACUAUUUCUAUACAUAUUAAAUUACCAGAUAACUUUUCUAUCAAUUUUUUUUUUUACACCCCGAUUAAUUUAUUGUCACGAUUAGCAGCUAGGCAUGGAAUAACUGUUGGUAAAGCUAUAAGCUUGAUAUUACAAAAAAGGGGUAUUCAACCGGAAUUAUGUACAGUAACAGUAGAUAAAAAUCCUCAAUCUGACCAGAUUGAUCUUAACCUUGAUAUAUUAGAAUUAGCUACUUUACUACCACGCAAAGAAUUAUGGGUACAUUCCGAUUUUAUUAACUUAUCAAUGACUAUUAGACAUAAUUUUGAAAGAAAAACGUUUUUUACUGUACCUUAUUGUGACCAUUGUCAUAAAUUAAUACUAUUAAAUGGAUUUCGUUGUACAUUAUGUAAUUUUCAAUUUCAUCAAAAAUGUUCAUACAAUGUACCUGAAUAUUGUGAUUUAAUUAAACAACUUAAAGAAAAUCCUCAAUGUUAUUCAGAGUUAAUGAAGGCAUGUGAAUCAUACGGUGAUGAUCCUACAGCAAAAUUAGCAUCUAAUAUAUUAGAAUCAUUACAUACGCCAUUACAAAGUAGUCCACCAAUUUCAUUAGAUGAAGUGACAUCGCAAUCAUUAAAAAGACAAUCAGCUCUAAGACAACAUCAAAUUAGAUCUAAUGGAAAUGUAAUUAAUGAAAAAUAUGCUAUACGAUCUCUCCAUAAUGCUCCAAAUACUAGGGAAAUUUCUUCUUCUACACCUAAUAUUAAUAUUAUAGAAGAUAAUUAUAAUAUAACUGAUACACUUCCACUUAAACAUUUAGAAGACUUACAAAUGCCAAAUUCAGCCUCAUACUCUAAUUUUGGCUUUCCUUAUUUAUCAUCUUCACGUGAUUCUAAUUCUCCAAAUUUAAAACGUAACAAUGCUUUAAUUAAAAAAAACCCCCAUAGGCCUUCUUCAAGGCAUCUUAACCCAAAUAUAAAUAACAAUUUUGAUCCAUCACUUGAUUUACCUCAUUCUGGUCCUAAUUGUGGAAGUUUACUUUCAAUGCCUACAUCUACUUGUUCAAGUCCAUGUCAAAAACAAGAUAUACCAAAACUCCUUCUUGGAAAUUUAUUAACAUAUGAACCAUUAUCAGCACCUCCAACAAAAGAUUCAGGUUCAUUUUUUUCUGACAAAUUUAUGCCUUUUGGUUUUGAUGUUGUCGGAAAUUCAAAAUUUUCUUUAACUGCAUCAACAACAAAUCAAAUAUUAGCAGGAAAUUAUGAUACAAGAAGAAUUACACCUAAAGAUUGUUGGGAAAUAUCACGUGAACGUGUUGAAUUUGGUGCUAAAAUAGGAUCAGGAUCAUUUGGUACUGUUUAUAGGGGUCAUUAUUGUGGUCCUGUUGCUAUUAAAAAAAUUAAUACAAGAGGUGAACCAUCAGAAGCUCAAUUAGUUGCUUUUAAAAAUGAAGUUGCUGUAUUAAAAUAUAUUAGACAUGGUAAUGUAUUACUUUUUAUGGGAUGGUGUAGAACACCAGAAUUAUGUAUUGUAACACAAUGGUGUGAAGGAUCUAGUUUAUAUAAACAUUUACAUGUAAAUGAACCAAAAUGGGAAUUAGAUAUUCCAAAAAUAAUAGAUAUAUCAAAACAAGUAUCAAAUGGUAUGGGUUAUUUACAUUCAAAAGGUAUCAUUCAUCGUGAUUUAAAAUCAAACAAUAUUUUUAUAACAUCUGAUGGCACUGUUAAAAUAGGUGAUUUUGGUUUAGCAACUGUCAAACAAACAUGGACAGAUGAUAAAUUAAAACAACGUCCAACAGGUUCAAUAUUAUGGAUGGCACCAGAAAUUAUACGUAUGAAGGUUGAAGAUCCAUAUACUAUAUAUUCAGAUGUUUAUGCUUUUGGUAUUGUUCUUUAUGAAUUAUUAAGUAAUAGUCUUCCUUAUGAAGGUAUUAAUAAUAGAGAUGCAAUUUUUUUUAUGGUUGGUAUGGGUAAAUUAAAACCUGAUUUAAAAAAAUUACGACGUGGGUGUCCUAAGUCGAUGAAAGUUUUGGUAAAAAAUUGUAUACAAUAUGAAAGAGGUGAAAGACCAAAUUUUCAAAUAAUACUUGGAACAUUACAAGAUAUUAAAAGAAAUCUUCCAAAAUUGCAAAAAUCAAUAAGUGCUCCUAAUUUAAAUAGAUUAGAAGAGUCUAAUAAAAUUGAUUUACUUACUGCAUCUAAAAAUCAACCACCAUCGACUCCAUUAUUUACGAAUGAUAAUACAGAUAAACUAGUUAAAUGUUGA